UUUAGCAAAAAUGGAAUACCCAUUUUAGCAACUUUGAAGAUAUCAGAUUCCAGUUAUACUAUUUUUUUUUUACUUGUUUUUUACUUAAAAAAUACUACAGCAUCAAGUUGAAGAUUUUGGCUCUCUUUGUCUACUGUAGUUCGAUGAUAUGGCCUUAAACAGUUGACUUCUUGCUCUAACAGCGAGAGUUUCAAGGCCCCCAAUAUGAUGAGUUUGGUGAUGUGGGGUCACUCAUGAAGAGCGGCAGAAUCUUUAAGCACAAUAAUAAGGAAUCAAGAGGCUAAAAGGUCACAGAUUCUUACUGUGUGUGUGAGAGAGGGAUGGGCUGUGUAAUUUUCAGGUGGAGGAGGUUUUCAUGAGGGUCAAGCUUUUGUGAAUGUUUCUUGCUUCACAGACAUAAAAUAGAGUAUAAUAGAAAAGGAAAGUACCCUUUGAGGAUAUCUUCAAGAAUCUUUGAUAUAAUACGGACAGGUUGUUGGCUUUCGAAGGCUUCAAGACUUGAAUUUUUCCUAGAGAUCCCUGUCAUCUGAUGCAAAAAGCUGAGCUUUUUCAGUACUUCUGGUUUUGAUUUUGAGAAAAGAUCGUGAUGGAAGAUGGUGGUUUAUCACCGGGUACGAUGCUGGGCGCAACGGUUGAUUCAGUCUCAGUUAUGGAUUUCGACUACAUGGAUGAACUGUUGUUAGAAGGAUGCUGGUUAGAAACAACAGAUGGAUCUGAGUUUCUUAAUCCUAGUCUGUCCAAUUCUGCUGCCUUUUUUGAUUCUUCAUUUAUGUGGCCCACUCCAGAGAUUAACCAAGGUGAUUCAGCCUCUAGUCCAUCCCAAAAGGGCAAUCAAGAAGAUAACCAGAUAUCAAUGUUGCCAGGGAAUUCUACUCUGAGUGAUAUCCAAGCCAGAAGUCCGGCUGGUGAGACUGCGUUUUCUGUAGCUGGACGGGAUGACAAUGCAACUGAUGGCUCUGAACUUGGAAAAAGAUGGUGGAUAGGACCUUCUCCGAAUCCAAGUGUCGAAACUUCUGUGAAGAGGAGAUUAAUUAAGGCAUUGGAGUGCAUUAAGGACUUAACGAAAAAUAAAGAUGUCCUUAUACAAAUAUGGGUCCCUGUUAAUAGAGGAGGUAGACGUGUUCUUACAACCCAUGACCAACCUUUUUCACUUGAUCCCAGCAGUGAGAAACUGGCGAGUUACAGAGACAUAUCCGUUAAAUAUCAAUUUUCUGCUGAGGAGGAUUCCAAGGACUCAGUUGGCUUGCCUGGUCGGGUUUUCUUGGGUAAAGUUCCUGAGUGGACUCCUGAUGUUCGAUUCUUUAGAAGUGAUGAAUACCCACGAGUGAAUCACGCUCAGCUGUAUGAUGUACGUGGAACUCUUGCCCUUCCUGUUUUUGAACAAGGUAGCCGGACUUGCUUGGGUGUUAUUGAGGUGGUGACCACUUCACAAAAGAUCAAGUACCGUCCCGAGCUUGAAAGUGUUUGCAAGGCUCUUGAGACUGUUGAUCUUAGGAGUUCUGAAGUUCCAAGCAUACAGAACUUACAGGCAUGUAAUAUGUCCUACCAAGCUGCAUUACCCGAGAUUCAAAAGCUUCUGAGAGCUGCCUGUGAGACACACGGAUUGCCCUUAGCUCAAACUUGGGUCCCAUGUACCCAACAAGGCAAGGGAGGUUGCCGGCAUUCCAACGAGAAUUAUUAUCGAUGUGUUUCUACUGUGGAUGAUGCUUGCUGUGUAGCUGAUUCUGCUAUCCAGGGUUUUCAAGAGGCGUGCUCAGAGCAUCACUUGCUAAAGGGUCAAGGAGUUGCUGGGCAAGCCUUUAUGACUAACCAACCCUGCUUCUCAGGUGACGUAACUUCAUAUGGCAACACUGAGUAUCCUCUUUCUCACCAUGCAAGGAUGUUUGGACUGUGUGCCGCUGUUGCAAUUCGCUUGCGAAGCAUUUACACUGGUACAACAGACUUUGUCCUGGAGUUCUUCUUGCCUGUCAAUUGCAGGGAUCCUCAAGAGCAGAAGAAGAUGCUUAAUUCACUGUCCGCCAUUAUACAGCGUGUUAGCCAUACUUUACGGGUAGUAACAGACAAAGAACUAGUGGAGGAAACUGAUUUGCCAUUCAGUGAAGUGUUAGUACCUUCGGAUGGUAGAUCUAGUGGAGAAGAGGCAUCAACAGUUAAAGAGCCUUGUUCAGAAAGGCAUGGUAGAGAUAAUUCACCCUGGACUGCCUGUCUCUCAGAGGUCCAACCAAGUGGAAGUAACAACUCUUUAUCCCAAAAAGACAAACAAAAGGUAAUGCUGCGUGAAAAAUCCAAUGAGAACAGGGAAAAUCGAGAAGAUUAUAGCUUUAGAGAGAGUAUUAAAUGUGGCAGAGAGUCUACUUCUGCUGAAGGUAGCUUUUCAAGUGCUGGCACGUCUAAAACAGGAGAAAAAAGACGUGCCAAAGCAGAAAAAACAAUCACCUUGCAAGUUCUUCGGCAAUAUUUUGCUGGCAGCUUAAAGGAUGCUGCGAAGAGUAUUGGUGUUUGCCCCACUACGUUGAAAAGAAUAUGCAGGCAACAUGGAAUUAACCGCUGGCCUUCUCGAAAAAUCAAGAAGGUUGGCCACUCCUUAAAGAAACUCCAACGUGUUAUUGACUCAGUUGAAGGUGCCUCUGGCACUGUUCAGAUUGAUUCCUUUUAUAAAAAUUUCCCUGAGCUUGCCUCGCCAACUUUGUCCAGAACUAGUCCACUAUCAACUUUAAAGCCAAGCAGUCAUCCAAAACCAUUAGGCAUGCAGCCUGAAGGAGGUACUUUCAGCUCCCAAGUUACUGCACCAAAAUCACCUUCACCUUCAUGUAGUCUGAGUUCCAGUUCAAGCCAUAGCUGUUCCAGUGGGGCAAUUGCUGCUAGUGAAGAUCCUGUGUCUGGAGAAAACUCAGGCAAUGGUGUUUUGAAGAUGGUCCAAAGCAAUGUGGAGCUCCAUGCAUCAAGUCCAGGAGAACAGGAGAUAAUGCCAAGAUCCCAGAGUCAUAAAACUCUUGCGGAACUGGGGAGCAUUCCGCCCUUGUCUAAAGAUAGUAGCCGGUUGUCUCAAGAAACGGAUGCUCACAGAUUGAAAGUCACGUAUGGAAAUGAGAUAAUUCGGCUCCGCAUGUCAAACAAAUGGGGAUUCAAGGAUCUAUUGCAAGAGAUCGUAAGACGGUUUAACAUAGAUGACAUACAUAGAUUUGAUCUGAAGUACUUGGAUGAUGAUUCUGAGUGGGUCUUAUUGACAUGUGAUGAUGAUUUGGAGGAGUGUAUUGCUAUAUGCGGUUCAUCUGGUAACCAGACAAUUAAACUCUUGCUCGAAGUUUCUCCUCGUCCUUUAGGGAGGUCUUCGCACAGCAGUGGGCUGUCUUGAUCUUCUCAAUCCUCCAUGUAGUCCAUGGCAUUGCCAUUCGAUGUUAAAUUCUUUCUGAUGGACAUAAAGAUUUGAGCAUGAUAGAUCAGAACGAUUCCACAAACAGGAAUACGAAGUUCUCCGUCAUGAUCUGUAUAGAAGAAAAGCUAUGCAAUGAAAUUAGUGGAAGCCUGUGUUUUUGCUAGGGUUGGAGUUCCAUGCAUGGCCUGGUUGGGAGCCUUUGUAAGAGAAGUUGAUGAACUUGCGUAUGUUUUCAGAUAUUCUCUUCGGUAUAUCAGAUAUCCCCUGUUCCUCGUCAGAAAUGUACCAUUCUUCUUCCUCACCAGAACUAAAUCUCCGGGGUAUUUUCUUAUCAUUAUUAUUGUUUUAAAACCCAGACCCACUUUGAUUGUUUUAAAAUCGGGAUUGGCUUGGACGUGGUUGACCCAAGACUGGAUCAAUCUGAAUCAAAGAACAAAAAAAAUAUUUUUUUGAA